CACUAACUGCUCUCUCGCGCUCGCUCUUCCUUAUUCUGUCCACCAAUGUUGUGAUCGAUUCGUGUCCAUCAUCAUCACCAGUCAUUACAUUUAUCGAUAAAGCACACAGAUUGAUGGAACUGAUUCCUGUUCUCGAGCCAGAGGAGAAGCCUCGGGACAGACAGUGGUAUGUGGUGUCGGCCUCAGGUGCGGCUCCAGGUGUUUCUGUGGGUCACACCUGUGUGUUUCUGCCCUCCGCUGAUGGAGGCAAGGGGAGGAUUGUAGUCGUCGGCGGAGCCAAUCCUGACGGGAGCUUCUCUGAUUCCUACAUGAUGAAUCUAGAUACUCAUGAAUGGGAGGCUCCAGAAUGGGCGGGUUUGCAGGCGCGUUACGAACACUGUAGCUUCGUCCCCGAGAUCGAGCCGAGGAGUGUGUGGGUGUUCGCUGGAGCCCAGAAGAGCGGGAACCGCAACUGUGUUCAAGUGCUGCGCGCAUCAGAGGGUUUGUGGGAGACUGUGUCGGUGAAAGGAGAUCCUCCCUCAGUCAGGACGUACCACACAAACUCAGCCUGCGUUGGAAACAGGCUCUACGUGUUUUCGGGAGGCGACGCCGGAGCAGAUCCAGUCGCUGAUACACAUGUCCACGUCUUUGAUUCAGUCACUGCGACCUGGACUCGGCCGGAGAGCGACGGGACUCCUCCUACGCCGCGGCACGGUCACGCGAUCACAGCCGUGGGGUCCGACGUCUACAUCCACGGAGGAAUGUCUGGAGAGACGCUUCACAACGACAUGUUCCUGCUGGACACGGAAACUAUGAAAUGGGAGAAAGUGAAAGCGAAAGGCGAGAUCCCGCCGGGAGUGGCAGCGCAUUCAUCUGUAAGCUUUGGGAAAAACAUCUUCAUCUUUGGAGGAAUGACAUCGGAAGGAGCCACAAACUCCAUGUACAAGUUUCAGUGCGACGAGCGGCGCUGGACGCUGCUGCAGUUCGAAGGGGAUCUUCCUCCGGCCCGGUUGGAUCACUCCAUGUGUUCGGUGCCGUGGCGCGUGACGACGGCGGGCCGAGAAACACGCGACGAAGACGAGCAGCGGCUGUGCUUCAUCUUUGGAGGAAUGGACACGCAGGGCGUCAUAUUCAACGACUGCCUCGUGACGCUGCUCACGUGAAACGCUCAAUAAAUGUGUCUGUCUUAAAAUGGCUGAACUGAUGUCACUAAAGUUCCUUUGAACCCGAA